AUGCUUCACAAUCGAGACAAGCACAGGAAGAGCGGCGAGCUGAUUCUCAAAUCUGGCGAUGAGGGGACGGGCGGCAAGCGUGCACACAGACCUGCGCGGCGUACUGGAGAAGGCUCCGCUGAUGUCAUAGGUGGCGUUGACUCCAUAAGUGACGAGUGCAAUUCGUCAACUACAGUAGCGCUGUCCAUCCAAGCGUUCAGCGUGUUGAGCGAUCUCAUUGGCUACCGAGCGUGGCGAAGGCGGAUCCGAUUGGAUAAAACUAUAACUGCUGCCGAGCUGCGUUCGGCAAUCCAAGCCGGCACCUCAGAGAUAAUCACUUUCAUUUCGCGCUGGGGUUUCCACACCCUGGGGUUUCGUAAGUCCACACUGGAGACAUCUGAUGUCAAUGACGACGGAUCUAAAGCAUUGUGGACCCACGAUGGUAACAAGAACGACGCGAUCAAGAAUGAGAUUGGCGAAGGUGAAGGUGAAGAACGCGUCGCCAACUCCAUAACUGCUCAACACUGGUUCAGCAAGCCUGUUGAUAAAAUGUACCAGAAGUGGUUCGAUUUGCGAAACAAGAAGGGUAUAGCAUACGAUACUUCGCCGGAAGCUAUCCGAAAGAUGAUUAAGAGCAAGCUCUUUCAGACCAAGAUGUUUGAUAGAUGGAACAACUAUAGGAUGGAAGAUAUCAAGCGGGCAAUCGGGGAAUCGAAGCUGAAUAACGACGAGGUCGCAGCGAUGCUAGUGAAUUACGUUCAGAACUACCGCGUCUACAUACUUCGUUGGGAAAGAAUCAACUAA